CGACGGCACAUGAUGACGUCUCUCCUUUGGGCGGGUAUUUCGCGGUGUGGAGCUGUUCGGGGAGAAAGACAAACAAAUUAAGUGAUUCUGUAUAAAGUCGUUGUUUCUGUGUUUGUGGCUGAAGCGGCGGCGGUGGCAGCAUGUCCUCUGCGGGGAGAUGGAGUGGCACCAGCUGCAGCUCAGCCCGAGGAUCACCGCGGCUGUGAGGAGAGCUAAACUGAAGACUGUCCAGGACGUGUUGUGUGUUUCUGGUCUGGACUUGCAGAGACUCACUGGUCUGUCCUGCUCAGACAUCCAGCAGCUGAUCACUGCUGCCGCCACCGCCUGCAGACCCCAUCCUCCAGUCCCAGCCCUCCUGCUUCAUCGUGGAGAGUGUCGUAGGUUGGAGUCUGGUCUCAGACUCAGUGUCGGGUGUCCGGUGCUGGAUGAGCUUCUGAGGGGGGGUCUUCCUGUUGGGGGCGUCACUGAGCUGUCAGGAGAGAGUGGAGCAGGGAAGACACAGCUGGCUCUGCAGCUCUGUCUGUCUGUACAGUACCCAACACAGCAUGGUGGACUGAACUCAGGAGCCGUGUAUAUCUGCACUGAGGACGUCUUUCCAAGCAGUCGUCUGCAGCAGCUGAUCUCAGAUCAGUCCUGUCUUCGCUCUGACGUCCCUCUGACUCUGAUCAACAGACUCCAGUUCAGUGAUCAUGUUUACAUCGAACACACGGCUGACCUGGAGUCCCUCCAGGUGUGUCUGUCACGCCGUGUCCCCCUCCUGUUGGCUCGUGGUGCGGUCCGCCUCCUGAUCAUUGACUCUGUGGCGGCUCUAUUCAGGUGUGAGUUCCAGGCUUCUGAUUGGCUGGAGAGGACCAAACAGCUGCUCAGCUUUUCCUCAACACUGCAUCACCUGAGCCAGGAGUUCAAUACACCUGUCCUCUGUAUCAACCAGGUCACUGACGUGUUCAACAGCUCAGACGACACUUUGGGUCCUCUGUCCUCCAACGUGUCACCAGCUCUGGGGUUGGCCUGGGCCAAUCAGGUGAUGGUUCGGCUGAUGAUGCGGCGCCUCCAGGAGACGGUUGCCAGGGGCGACCAGCGCAGCGCCCUCCGCAGGCUGGAGGUCGUGUUCGCACCUCAUCUGGCCCGAGACGGACGAAACGCCGCUGUGUGGCGGGAGGGAGUCCGAGGAGUGACGGGCUCAGAGUGCACAGACGCACAACACUAACAAACGUAUAGAAACAUAACGUGUAUAAAGAGUCACAGAAACAUAUUAAAGUUUGCAAUUAAAUCAGA